AUGUGCAUCCUACAAGACUCCUAUGAAGACUGGAGAAGGGAGGCGGCGAAGAUGACGGCCAUCUAUAGCAACGCAACCGUCACUAUCUCCGCGUUAGACUCGCCUGGCAGCACGACCGGCUUCCUCCAGCCUAGGCCCAAAGAUGGCGUCAUCGGCCGUGGCUUCGUUAUCAAAAGAAACAGAGAUAAUCUUGACUAUGGAACCAACCGGAGCAUACUGAGCACCCGCGGAUGGUGCCUCCAGGAGCGUAUGCUGUCGCCGUCAUUGUUGCACUUUAGUCGCGAGCAGAUGUACUGGGAAUGCCGCACAGGAGUGAACCAAGAAAUCAUGAAAGACGAGCCAAUUGUCUACCGGAGCAAUUUCACACUUGUCCGCAAAGUCUUCGGCAUGGGGACAUCCCUGACCUUCCGAGACUGGUAUCACACCGUUGAAGAAUACAGCCGACGUAAGCUCUCCUACGGCAGCGAUAAACUACCCGCGCUGGCCGGGAUCGCCGACCGCUUCCGGUCGGUUGGCAUCGGGGGCGAGUACGUCGCCGGUCUGUGGGCGCAUGAUAUCGAGCGCGGCAUCUUCUGGGUCACGAACUGGGACCCCGUUGAGCGGCCAACUCAUGCUCGGGCGCCGAGCUGGAGCUGGGCCAGUCUCGAUGGCCAGGUCGAGUUCCAAUUGAAAGGCGACUUCCAACAUCGACAUGAGACCGACUUGAGUCUAUCUCUGUUUAAGGUCCUUCAGAUCAGCAUAGGCGUUGGUAUGGAUGAUCCAGCGGCCCCGGAGGUGCAAGGUUGCUUGAAGAUCCGAGGACCCGUGGCGCAGAUGCGCUAUCAACACAAUGAUCCUUCGGACCUUCACGGCAGUUUGGCAUUCGAGAAUGAGGAGCCCAUAGCUCUCAGGGCGGUUAUGGACUUUGAUAGGAACGUAUCACGAGAUUGCUGGGUACUGACCGCUGGUCCAUCGGACCCCCGUAUAUUACUUCUUGAAGAAAUAGACGUGGGUACCUUUAGACGCAUAGGUUGUGUUAAAUGGUAUCAAGAUAGCCCUAACAGGCUGGAAUUAAGCGCAGAAGAAUUCAGUCGCUUCCUGGUGAGGGACAUGGUUCUAGUAUAG